AUGGAAGGAGCGGCACCGCCAUCCAGUAUGGAUCCAGCCGACAAAGCGGGAGGGGAAGUCAUCUUUACUUCCGACGGCCUCGAUCCCCUGGAGCCGCCUUUGGCUCUAGUGCGAGCCCCACCGCUGCUCUCGAGCAACCGACGCGACGCUUCGGACGGCUCUCCUGUAGAUGAACUCGAUACAUCCAGUGGCACUGACGUCGUCCAAGCCUUUGAAAUCUUUGCCGGCAAAGUCUACGCACCCACCACCACCAACACGUCAUUGUCCACGUCGCUGUCCACCAGAUCAGCCUCGUUGGAGACACCGCUGGAGCGUCUUGCGCGUCUACAACGUGAAUUGACCGAGUUGCAAGCUGAUGUGGCACCAACCGCUGGUAGCGAUAGCGCCGUACUCACGGCGGUCCAAGAUUUGCAAGCCCGCUUGGCGCAGACCAAGCUCAUGGCACAGUCGGAAUGGACCGAAAAAUUGGUCCAAGCCCAAUCUCCCCCGGCCCCAGACUCGGCGCCGAGCGCCAGCCCAUCCGCUACGUUAAACGAUGCCACUCUGCUCCGCCUCCAACGUAUGGAACAGACUGUGGGCGUGUCCGCUGCUUCCACCGGUGCUUCUCUCACUGAGCGUCUCUCGCGGUUAGAAACAGCCGCAUCCAAACUGGAUGAUCGCCAGGUAGAGUCCUUGUCGAGAAAGGCCAAGGUCAUUCGCCAGGAUCUAGAAGCCGCUUCCAAGGCGCGCAAUAAGCUCAUGUCCUCGACUGGUUCUCGUGCCGAGGAUACCAAAACGAUUACCGACUUGUACGAUCAAUUACUGCAAUUGCAAGGGCUGUCGGCGCACUUGCCGGCCUUGACUUCUCGCUUGGCCACACUCGCGCAUCAGCACGCGGAUACCGGCACCUGGGCCGCUCGGCUGCAAGAAACGGAAUCUGUAGCCACCCGGCUACAGUCUAGUGUGCUCGUGCUGGAGCAGUCGUUGGAUAAGAUGCAGCACGGACUGAACGAAAACGCAGACCAAAUCACAUGCAACUCGGUUGUUGCCGACGGCGAAAGCCCUAGAAUCAACGCUGUUGCCAAUGGUGUCCGCGAUACCACAGCCUGUGUCGACGCCAUCAGCAACAUGACAAAAGUUGGCAAUACUGUGGUAGCGGAGGAUGCCGCUCCCGUAACGCCAGAGUUUGAUGCUGCCCAUAACGCGAACGCAUGGGGUAAGGGGGCCGCAGCGAAAACAACGGAAAAAUGA